AUGCACGUCUUGGGUGCACCCUUGAUUGAUGUUCAGAGCAAAAAGGUCACGGCCCACAAGGGCGACGAUUCAGGUGCUGAAGACGAGGAGGAGGCCCGUUACCACGGACCAAAAGGGAAAGGGCCGAAGGGCGAAGGGCCGAAGGUGCUGAAGACGAAGAGAAGCAGGCCAAUCCAUGCCGCUCACGGUGCCCUGGGUGACCUGGCCAGGGCCGGCUUUGGUGUGGGAAGCUUUGGGCGCUUUGUGGAGACCGGGACCUUCCUCGGUCAGACCGUGGUGGCGCUCUCCGCGCACUUCUCUGAGCUCCACAGCAUUGAGCUCAGCCGGGAGUGCUUCGAGGCUGCAAAGCUUUUUGCCUGGAAAGCACAGCGUCCCAUCCACUUCCACCAGGGCCACUCCACCAAGGUGCUUCAGGCAAUACUUCCGAAGUUGAACGGCCCCACGGUGUUCUACUUGGAUGCGCAUUUUUCGGGCUCGGUGACUGCCGGACUGGAAGAGAAGGUACCUCUCCCGGAGGAGCUGCUUUUGAUAUCUGAGCUUUUUCCUCAUGCAGCUUUGGUGAUCAUCGACGACCUGGAUCUUUUCGCCCAAGUGAACACCUUUGAGGCUAUCGACGGUCGAACUGGGGCCUUCAGUGGUCGACAUCCAAGUGAUUGGCGAUCGAUCACUUGUGAGGCACUGGAGAGGAGUUCCAGCUUUCGUUGCUUCGGCUCGUUCAAGGCGAAGAAUCGCUUCAUCCUGCAGCUGCGGGCCGAUGGCAAAGGGGGGAUCGACUCCGGCCAGGACAGAAGCAGCCAGUUCAACGCAGCCUUUUCAUCUGUAGGCCUGUAG